AAUAAGAAAAAAAAUUGGAAUGGAAUAAGGAAUAGGCAGAACGCAGACAAAAAAAAAGUUUCACAGCUUUAUUUCAUUUUAAUUUUUUGAGUAUUAGUUUAUAAUAAAAUAUAGAAUUUAAAAUUAACUUGGGCAGCCAUUCUGGAGAGAUUUUUUUCGGCAUUUCAUUUUUGCCAAAUGUCGAAAACUGGGAAAGAAUCAUAUAGUAGUUCUAGUUCGAUUGAGGAGUUUAAUGAAUCAGAUGAAAGACGUCGUAGAAUAUUUCGAUCCAGGAGCUCUUAUACCGCUCAGCGAAAUACAAACUCAAAAAUGAAGUCAACUGGAGCUAUAUCAAAAACUGAUCAACAACCUUCAACAUCUUCUGCAAAUCAAAACAAUAGCUCAAGUUUAUCUAAGCCUCCAUUAGGUGAUCGCAUAACUUUAGUAGUAGAUGGCACUCGCUUUGUUAUAGAUCCCAGUUUAUUCACUGCCCAUCCAAGCACUAUGCUUGGUACAAUGUUUAGUACAGGUUUCGAAUUUACGCAUCCGAAUGAAAAGGGUGAAUAUGAAGUUGCUGAGGGAAUUUCAUCUACUGUUUUUCGCUCAAUUUUAGACUUUUACAAAAAUGGGAUUAUACGAUGCCCACCAAAUGUUUCUGUUCCAGAACUAAAAGAAGCCUGCGAUUAUUUACUUAUACCUUUUGAUGCCACUACAGUACGCUGCCAAAAUUUGCGUGGACUAUUACAUGAGUUAAGUAACGAAGGAGCGCGUCAACAAUUCGAAAUUUUUCUUGAAGAAUUGAUUUUACCACUAAUGGUAGCUUCUGCUCAGAGAGGUGAUCGUGAGUGUCAUGUUGUUGUAUUAUUAGAUGACGAUGUCGUAGAUUGGGAUGAAGAAUAUCCUCCGCAAAUGGGAGAGGAAUAUUGUCAAACAGUAAUGAGCACAGCAAUGCACAGAUUUUUUAAAUAUAUUGAAAAUCGAGAUGUGGCUAAACAAGUCAUGAAAGAUAGGGGUUUAAAAAAAAUUCGAUGUGGCAUCGAGGGCUAUCCUACGCAUAAAGAAAAAGUAAGAAAAAGACCUGGUGGUCGAGCUGAAGUAAUAUAUAGUUAUGUGCAACGACCUUUCAUUCAUAUGUCGUGGGAAAAGGAAGAAGCUAAAAGUCGACAUGUUGAUUUUCAAUGCGUUAAAUCAAAAUCAGUAACAAAUUUGGCAGAAGCAAAUGCAGAUCCACCUUUGGAACUAGAUGCAAGUAGGUGGAAACCCCAUUCCGCCCCCUGUAAUAGGUGUCGAUCCAGAAGUAGUUGUAUUUGGGGAUGACGGUGUUGAUGUUAUCGGCGCUGUUGCACCAUUGGAUGAGCCACAAUUAGAAGAUCAAAAUUAACAAUAUUGAUAUUUAAUUAUAAAAAUUUAAAAUUAGAUUUACUAAAAAAGCAUUUUAAGUAU